AUGAAUGCCUUCCUGACGACCAAGACCAAAACCAUCCGGACUUACGGAAAACGCUCUCAUCGAGUUGUUAACAGGUCUACGUGGGUAUCUGAUGGUGAAGAAGACGGGGAAUUCAAAAUCAAGCCAGGUGGGACAUGCCAUGCCCGAAGAACCGAAUACAGUAGGAGGGAUCCAAAGACAAGCGCGGUUGAUGAAGACCAGGAAAACAGGAUAGUGUAUGACAUGAAAUUCAAAUCUCCUACAUCCGAGCAAAAUAGAACUCGCUCAUGCGAAAAUGGUGGAUUUGCGCGAGACAAAAACACGGAGCCAUCUACGGUCGACAAAGCCAACACGCACACAGCUGAGGAGAAAGAACUAAAUCCGAAGGCGGAGCCGUCCCUAAAAUCGCAGUUAUACCCGUCACCAUCCUCACCCGCCAACUUGACACUCUUGAUUCCAUCAACACCUGAAUGGCUACCACCAUCCGAGAUUUGUGUGAGUCCCAUACAGAGCAGCGACGAAACCCACAGAUUGGCAGGGGAGGGCGUCGAGAUAGACUUCUUGGAAGGUGUAUCCCGCUCCUUUGAGAAGAGUCUUCAUGGCCGUCUAGACAGAAUGCCAGAGGGCGUGGGGGGAAGUCUGAUAACUAAUCAGGAAUUAUCAGGGGCCGACAAUCGCGGCGACGACGAAGAGGCAGAUAGAAAUCCAUUCAUACGAGAGUCCACAGUUUUACCGUCAGUGGAUAUCGGUCAAUGCACGCCUAUUUCCAGUGUUAAGCAGUCACGAGGCCAAAUAACAGUCGGGCGUCGACGAAGACGGCGUCACCGGGGCUUUAUCUCCCGCAAUGAAAGCGAGUAUGCUGACACAAGAAGCCAGCAGUGGGAAUCAUCGCAAUCGCACAGUCCUGAUCUUAGAUCAGGAGAUGUUCAUUUAAGUGGAUCUUCGCAGAACGAUACAUUUGCGUCCUCUGAGAACCGCCCUUCAAUAGCCACUGAUGUGAGCUCGCGGCACAACUCUGUUGGUAGAAAGCAAUCUCAUGUUGAGAGUAAAGAGGUCUCUGAUGGGGGACAAAAUGUCGUUGAAGACCACGCAAACCAGGAGGGGUCUAUAGAAGGCUUCCCAAAAGGGCUCUCCCUGUGUGAAGUCGAUUGCAACAAGGUAGAUUUUGAAGCAGACCACACCCUGACAGUCCCCGACCGAUAUGGAUUGGACAGCAGAGAUGUAAAUGACAGGGAUCCUAAUAAACCGAACACGCCAUUACCACGACCUCAACGUCGCGCCUGGGCCGUCAUUGAUGAUUCGGAUGAAAAUGAUGGUGUUACGGAAACGUUACCUGCCACUGACUCAAUAUACGAAAAGGCGCAGGCAGGGUCCGAGCACGAGAGGAUUGUUCAGGAUGACGCGGAAACGGACGGAAACGUCGGUACAAGAACACAGCGAGAUGCUAACAUGCUGGAGGGGACGUGCGACUUAGAAGGACUGACAAAUGGCAUAACUCAUUUGCGGAUAGACGAAGCAAAUAUUCAGAAUAACCUCAAAAUGGGUAUUGAUAUUGAAGAAGCUCUGCAUGUGGAUGAGGAAGUUGAAGUGUUGGGGCAGAGCAUAGAAAGAGUAACACUCAAUGAAGUUGAAGUGAAUCGAACGACAACUCUCAGAACAGCAGACCUUGGAUUAGAGAAAAGCCUCAAAGACUUGCUUGAGCUCGCUCAACAGCCAUGCCCAUUUGCAUUUGAUGAGUUUUUUGCUGGAAGCUCCAUAACCGGUAAACUGGGUGAAGCGAGCUACUCUGAAGUAUUCGCCGUCGAGUACUCCCGUUGUCCCGGGAUCCCAGCGGCGGUAAAAAUCAUACCGUUUGGCGGCGAGGGCGACCAGAUGGGUGUUGACGAGGUGGUCAAGGAGGUGAUGAUCAUGAAUAAGGUGGCACGAGUCGGAAAAAGUUUUGUCCAAUGUUUGGGUGUUGGAGUGUGCGUUGGUCCAUGGCCUGAAUGGCUGCUGCGCAUUCGCGACGAAUGGGAUGGCGAGAUGGAGAAUGAUCGACCUGACUAUUACCCAGCGACCCAACUCCACGCCCUGCUUAUUCUCCAAAACGGCGGAACAGAUCUCGAACACCAUCCUCCCCUCACAGCACCUCAAUGUCAGAGUCUCCUGCUCCAGCUUUGCCUGUCCGUAGCUAAUGCGGAAAUUCAAGAAAUGUUUGAGCAUCGAGAUCUGCAUUGGGGAAACGUGCUUCUCACUACUGCUCCACCCGAGAAAUAUCUAGUUGACUUGGAUGGAGAUCGAAUUCAAUUUUCCAAUGAAGGGGUGAGAAUCUGCAUUAUCGACUAUACAUGGGGAAGGAUAGGCGCAUACCCUGAACUAGUCUACCUGCCAUUGGAUGACCCAGAACUAUUCGACGGAAAGGGCAAGGGACAGCGUGGUGGUGACUUACAAUUCGAUAUAUACCGAUGGAUGCGAGAUGAGGUGCAAGGCGAGUGGCAGAAAUUCUGUCCGAAGACAAACGUCUUUUGGGUGCACUAUCUGAUAGAUAAAGUUCUUACUCGCAAGUUUCCGCGAUCGCGAAAGACAAAGGACGUCCGGAUCCGAAAGGAGUUGGAAAUGGCUAGGGAGGUUGUGCUGCAAUACGGUAGUGUUGCAGAUUUUGCAAAGUGGUGGAUUCAGAGAUUGGAGCUCUGA